AUGCGCGCCGCCACCACCAUCGCUUCCUUGCUCGCCGUGUGCCUCUCGGCAGUCAGCGCAGCGACCAUCCAGAGCCGCCAGGUGAUCUACGGCUGUGAGAAUCAUAGCCAUUUCACAGGCGAUGGCAUCUCGGCCGAUAUCAGCGUCGGCCACGAUGCCGGCUCUGACGCGCCUCUGACCGGGACCAGCGGGAAGACCUACGAGUUGGACUGCGGCACUACCUCGACGCAGCCUGUGCCAGGCGUGUACGCCAAGUGCACCGUCAACGGAGAGAAGCCGGUCAUCAGCGCUUAUAACGCUACUUUCAUCACUUGCGCAAUCCCAUAA